AUGACAACAUAUCCGCCAAUUCAACCUCGCCCAAUCUUAUGUAAAUCAACAACAAAUAAUACUCCAUCAUCAUCUCUCUUUCUUCUACAAUCAUCAACGGUAACAAAUACAAAUUUUUAUCAAACAAAUCCAGAUUUAAAUACGAAUAAUUCAUACCAAAUGUCUUCUUUUCCUUCAACAUCAUUAUCUCCUUAUGAAGAAUUUCUUAAACGUUUACGUGAAUUUCAUCGAGGUCGCCAAACAACAUUUCGUUCUUUACCAACAAUAGCUGGACAAGUUGUUGAUUUAUAUUUAUUAUAUAAUACUGUCGUUAGUCAUGGUGGUUGGGAUAAAGUCAAUGAUAGACAAUUAUGGUCAACUAUUGCUAAUAACUUUGCUAUUGAUUCAUCAUGCCUGAAUGGUACACAAGCUUUAAAAAAUAUUUAUAUUCGAUAUUUAUAUGCUUUUGAAAAAAUAAGUAAUGGCGAAAAUAUCGAUUCACGUGAUGAUGAAAAUGAAGAUUCAAAACGGCGUACAACUUCUCAAUUACAACGUGUACCACAAUCAUAUAAUUAUACACAACAUAUUGUUUCCGAUGCAUUACGCAUUCAAUAUGGUCUUUUUAAUGAUUUUGUAAAUCGAAAUGAAUAUGAAAAAUUAGAAUUAGCUUUAUUAUGUGGUUUUCCAAAUGAAUUAACAUUUACAUUAAAUACUUUAUUACUUCUUUCAUCAUCAGCUAAUCAUGCAAAAUCAUUUCAUUUAUAUAAAUGUCCACGUUUAUUAGAUUUACUUUUUCGACAUAUUGGAUUAUUUCUACCUUCGGAUACAUUAAUUAAUGAUCAUUAUUUAAAAACUUUAUAUGAUAAUCUUUGGUCAAAACAUUCAAAUUAUCAUAUGGAUUUAUUUUGGAUUGAAUCAUGUCCAGCAAAAAUUCUUAAAUUAUUAUUAAAUAUUGAUAUUGAUAAUAAGAAAAAUGAUCUUUAUAAAAACUUUAAUCUUAAUUCAAAUGAAAAUCAACGUGAACAAGAAUUUCGUAUUGAACAAAUAUUAAUGAUAAUACGUAAUUUUUCAUUUGAUCGUUUAAAUGCACUUUAUUUACUUGAUACAAUACAAUCAACAUUAUCAAGAACUUAUAUAUUUCUAUUAUUAAUAUCGUAUUGUGAAAAUAAAAUUGAAUUACAAAAAUAUGCAUAUGAUAUAUGGACUAAUUUAGCUUUAUAUAUGCAUUUACGUACGAUAAGUAAUGAUGAAGGUUUUUUAUUUCGACAAUUAUUAAAUUCUAUGUUAAAUGGUGAUGAUGAUCAACAACAACAACAAGAUCGAUUUAAAAUAAUUCGUGCAUUAGAAAUUAUUACUAAUUUAGCUCGUGCUGGAAAUGAUAAUGGAAUUUAUUUAAUUGAUUAUAUUGAUAUCAUUGUUAAAAGUCUUAUACAUAUACCAGAUAUACUUAUUUUAGUACAUUGUUUAGAAUGUUUAUAUCAAUUAUCGGAAUUAGGCGAGCAAGUAUGUGAUAUAAUACUUAAAGUACAAUGUUCAACAUCAAUAAUAACAACAUUAAUUGAUUUAUUAACAAUUGAAGCACGAAGUUUUUCUUCUGAUACAAUAAAAACUAUAAAAAUUAUUGAAAUGUCUUCAGGUCCAUCGAUUCUUCAAUCUUAUCAUCAACCAUCAAUAACACCACAACCAAUUGUUGUUAUAUCUUCAAAUCAACCGACACAACAACAACAUCAAAUAUAUUCAAUUGAAAAUUCUGAAAUAAAUAAAAAUAAUACAAAACUUAUUAUUCAACAAAAUUCCAAACCAUUAACAUUAGCUGGUCUUAUUUCAUCAGGAAAUAUUUUAUCUCUUUCAACAUCAUCAACACAAAAUCCAUCAACUAUUAUUGCUAAUACAAAUAUACAAACAAAUGAUAAGAAACGAAAAUAUGAUUGUCUUACAGAAACAAUGAAUGCUUCUCUUAAUGACAUAUUAUUUUCAUCAAAAUUUUCUUGUCCAUCUCGUUCAGACUCUAUUGCAUUAAAAAAUCCUGUUACUAUUGCAUCAUCAUCUAUUGAAGAUGACAGUAAUAUGGAAAAUAAUAUUAUAUCAAACAAUAUUCAUUUAACAAUGACUGAUCUACUUGAUCGUUGUUCAUCUCAAUCAUUUGAUAAUGAUAUUCGUUUAUGUCUAAAUGAUUUAUGUCAACGUGUUGUAUUCAUAGUUGAUCAAUCGUUAUCGGAAAUUAAUAAUUAUAUAACAUCACCAAUAUUUAAACGUAAAAUGGAAACACAAACAACAAAAGAAAUUGAUCAUGUUGAUGAACAAUUACAAACAAAAAGCCAUAAUCAAUCAACAAAACAAAAAUCUUUAAUAGAGAAUUCAUCAAAUGAAAUUGUUGCAACAGAAAAAAAAGAUGAACCAAUGGAACAAGAAUUAUCUGAUAAUAGACCAACUAUUUCAAUAUCGAAUGUUAUAACAACAACAUAUGAUUAUGUUUGCGAUUGGGAUAAUUGCCAAGUAUCUUUUGCUACAGCACGAGCAGUUUUUCAUCAUACUUGUUCAAUUCAUGUUAAACAUUCGUCUGAUUACGUGUGCUUAUGGAAUGGAUGUGAUCGAUUAAAACGACAAAAAUGGGCUUUAAUUAAUCAUAUUCAAGAACGUCAUUGUUCAGAAGUUGCAUUUCGGCAAGCAAAACUCAAAUUGACGAAUCCUGUUCCUUCGACAAGUGCAAAUCCAUCAAAUGUUUCUACGAAUAGUAAUCGUAUAUUGACAUCGGGAUCAGGUGGUUAUACAUCUGAUGCUGCUUGGUUUGCGAUUCGACGUUAUAUGCAAGUUAAUUUAUUUGAUGAACAAAUAAAUAAAAGUAAAGAAGGUCCAUUGACAAAAAGUAUUCGUCUAACAGCUGCACUUAUUUUACGUAAUAUUGCUCGACAUUCAUCAACUGGAAAACAAAAUCUUCGUCAAUAUGAACACAUUAUUGCAAAUUUAGCUCUUGAAUCAUCUGAAGCAUCGCAAACACUUAGUUCAUGUCUAUUUGAACUUUGCAAUUAA